AUGUUCAAAGGUCAAAUUACUCACCCCGGCUGUGUCGCACCCCCGGCUCCCGACUCGUCCCGAUACGUACCUACUUCAGUCUUCGUUUUAGUGCGGAUUCGUUCAGAUCUGCGUGUUAUUUCCUGUGUACUGUUAUGUCAAUGUGUUCACGAAAACGGGCGACGUAGCCCUUCGCCUUCGCCCGGGUCAUCAGUGACCCGGGAGGGAAAAAGUUCCGUCUUGACGAUUCUUCAAAGAUUGGAGCACCGAAUGGAUGUGUUAGAAAAGAAAAAUUGGAAAAAAACACGACAAUUAUUAUCAGAAAGUUCUUGUGAAAGUGCACCUAGUUCACAAAAUCCGAGUGACUGCUCCGAUGUGGAGAAUAAUGAAGAGGAGGAUGUCACUUGCUUGACGAAAACUGACAACCUUAAUGAUCAACGGAGCGGCUCUCUGGAACCAGAGAUAUUGUCCUUAAUAGGAGACGAGGGCGGCAACAAUAAAGAUUCUGGUCCACCUAUUCAGCAAAACGUGAUCAAUAUUGCCCAGAAGGGUUUACACCCUGAAAAACGCAAAAAUUUGUUAACGAAAUACACCUGUCCCGAAAACGGUAUGGGUUUGCGCCCACCAAAGUUAAAUACCGUUGUGAAAGAAGCGACAACAGAAGCUGUACAAACUAGAGACCAUCGCCUCAGUAAUUUACAGGCUCAAAUUGCUUCAUGUUUGUCUGCCAUCGGUUUAGUCGUAACGGACUUACUCAAAGCUCAAAAGUUAAGUGAUGCGGGUCGUCUCCUUUCCGACAUCCAUAAUCGGGAAACUAUUUCCAGAAGGAAUCUCGUCUCUAUGAACUUAAAUAAAGAUUUAAAGAAAACGCUCUUGGACUCUCCAAUUGACGAGUGGCUAUUUGGGCAACUAAAGAGUGCUAAGCCCUUCACCAAAAAACCGGGAACUGCUAGGGCAUACCGUACCCCUUAUCGACCAACCUUUCCCUAA